CUAGGAGGCGCUGUUUUCCGGGGGAGCUUUCAGCUGUUUUCCGGUGACAGCAGGGGAAUGACAACAUCACGGCCCUUCUUCCAUUCAAGCUGACUGCAAAAGAUCGACAAAAAGAAGCCGUCUGCCAUUGGACUUCAGAGUCUGUGUGUUGGGGGAUUUAUUCUUUAUGAGCCACUGGGAGCAGCAGCAUGGCAGAUGACAAGGACGUGUUGAGAGACGUUUGGUUCGGCCGGAUCCCCACCUGCUUCCUCCUGAACCAGGAUGAGGUUACCGAGAGAGAGGCUGAGCCCUACUAUCUGCUGUUACCCAGGGUGAGCUACCUGACUCUGGUCACAGACAAAGUGAAGAAACACUUCCACAAAGUAAUAAGGACCGAUGACGCCGAGGAGAUGUGGUUCGAGUAUGAAGGGACGCCGCUGAAAUGGCACUAUCCAAUUGGAGUCCUGUUUGACCUCCAUGCAUCUAACACUGUCUUACCCUGGAGCAUCACUGUGCACUUUAAGAAUUUCCCGGAGCGUGACCUGCUGCACUGCCCGUCCCACUCUGUGAUCGAGGCGCACUUCAUGUCCAGCAUCAAGGAGGCCGACGCCCUUAAACACAAGAGCCAAGUGGUCAACGACAUGCAGAAGAAAGACCACAAGCAGCUGUGGAUGGGCCUGCAGAACGAUAAGUUCGAUCAGUUCUGGGCCAUGAACAGAAAGCUGAUGGAAUAUCCCACCGAGGACGGAGGCUUCAGAUUCAUCCCCUUCAGGAUAUACCAGACGCUGAGCGACCGGCCGUUCAUCCAGAAACAGUUUCGUCCCGUUUCACCUGAAGGCCACGUGCACACUCUCGGUGACCUGCUGAAGGAGGUGUACCCCGUGGCUUUACCAACUGAGGGCGGGCCGAAGCGCUUCCAGGUGGUGAUCCACGGCAUCGAGCCGCUGCUGGAGACGCCUCUGCAGUGGCUCAGCGAACACCUCAGCCACCCCGACAGCUUCCUGCACAUCUGCGUCAUCCCCGUGCCCUCGGACUGAGGCCCCGCCCCCCCCCAACACCUCGCUGUCACCGUGACAACAGACCAACCCGACCCAGGCCGGCUCGGUAACCGCGGCGCCGGCGCUAAAACGUCGGGGAAACUCUUAAAAGGAGAAGGAAGCGUAUUGAUAGAGAUGAACAAAAGGAUCAGGAGGAGGGAUUUAACAAGCCUCCUUUUUCAUCUUGCCGUCUAUUUAUAUUUCUACCACGAAGAUCUUCUCUCCCUCCUCUGCUCCCGAAAGAAAGACAUUUGUUUAGGUGGAGAGGCGCUGAGGAUUCCUCCUUUUUCUACUCACUUCUUCUCCUCCUCUCCCACCAAACCCUAGGGAGGAGAGGAGGGGGACAGAUCCCUCGUGUCCUUCAUCCAUCCUGCCACACAUCUUUCUCCUUGUCACAAAUCCUCUCCUUCUGAAGCUGCCCCCCCCCCCCCCCCCCGCCCUCCCCUCUGCAGAAACACCUCUGGACACAAAGUUUACAUCACAACCUGCGAACGUUAUCGCCAUCUACAAAAAAAAAUCUCUCCAGGAACUUCUGGUGCUUUGUGUUUGACUUUGAACAGAGGAUUUUUCUUUUUGUCGGAUGCUUGUGUGCACUAACGCUUGACGAAGUGAGAGGGACGGACACUUUGGGUUUCUCUCCACUGAUCCCAGAACACUUGUUGCCACCGUAUUUUUAAGUUAUUUGAUGAAGCAAUUUAACAAGCAGACACGUGUCCUCAUCUGGUACGCAUCCAUAAUUAGCAUUACAUUGCAGCUUUAACAAGAAAACUACUUUUCAAUGUAUAAUUAUUUUGUUCAUUUCACCUUUAAAAGAAACAUUCAAACUUAUUUUCAUAGCUGGAAUAAACAAAUAAAUGUAUACGUGCUCCUCAAUGGGCGAUGGGAUCUGAUACCAUGAAAGAAGAAAGGGAUUAACGAUAAAUGACAUGUUGUUCUUUGAUUUUAACUUGUUGUUUUUGCAGAAGACAGAUGGGUGAACUUGAUUUUUCCGCAGGGUGUCUUAUGAGAGCCAGCUAUUUUUAUGGAGCUAAAAACAAAAAGGGGGUCAUGGGAAAAAAAUCCACACGUGUUUUCAAUAGCAGGUGUUGAUUUCUGUCCGUCAAUACAAACACAGUUUAGCGGUUUUACUGUCUGUUUUUGUCAGGCUUGGCUCGAGCCUCUUUGUCUGCAGCCAAACUUAAACGAGCAUCUGGUUUUCGUUUCGUUUUAAGAACUCUGCGUCGAUAAUGAGACAGCAGGAAGGAUUAGCGCUAAGUCUGCAGGCUGUCGGGGUCCACGGUGGUUCGACAUAUGCUUUCGUUGGCACAUUUCUGUUUUGUUGUUGGAAAAAAAAAUGGCAAAAGAAGACAUGACUUUUGGCAGGACAUCACGAGGACCGCCCAGAUCGGAUGACUUCGCUGGAUGUUAAAACCAUAACCAAUAAAUCACUGUAUGUCUCGUCAUCUCGGGUUUUGUUUUUUUACAUGUCUUCAUACUGAAAUAAAAUAUGACUCAAAGAAUUCAACUGUUAACCGGAAAUUACUUCAAAUAAAAGUUUAUUCAAUCA